AUGGAUUUCAUAGAAGGACUGCCAAAAGCCCAUGGCAAGGAGGUCAUUUUUGUAGUGGUUGAUAGAUUAAGUAAAGCUGUCCAUUUCAUGGCUCUAAAGCACCCUUACACUGCUUUGGAGGUGGCCCAGAUAUUCAUCGAUGAUGUUUUUAAACUCCUUGGAAUGCCUAAGACUAUAGUUUCUAACAGAGAUGUAGUCUUCACUAGCAAAUUCUGGAAGGAGUUGUUCAAAUUGCAGAAGGUUUCUUUGCUAACUUCAACUACUUACCACCCUCAGACUGAUGGUCAAACUGAGGUGGUUAACAGAAGGUUACAAGCGAUAGAAGCCACAACUAGAGCUGUGAAGUCUCACUUAUUAAGACUUCAAAGCAGGAUGAAGUCCCAGGCUGACAGGGCAGGACUGAUAGAACUUAUGCAAUCAUCCAAAGGGUUGGACAAAUUGCAUACACUUUGGCUUUGCCUCCUCAGUCAAAGAUCCACCCCCGCAUUCCACAUUUCUCAGCUCAAAAAGAAGUUAGGUACUCACACAACUUCUACUACACUUCCAGUUGUUCAUGCUGAACAUGGCCAUGUCCUGCUUGCUCCUGAAGCCAUCUUAGACAGAAGAUUAGCUCCCAAGAAUGGCAGAUCUAUAACACAGGAUCUAGUCAAAUGGUUGAAUGUUGCCCUUGAGGACAAUACCUGGGAAGAUUGA